AUGAUGAAAUACAGGGGCACCGAGAUUUAUGUGGCUGCAGUGGAAUGGCGCCUGCGGAUCUUGGCCACAUCAGCAGCGUGCUUGGUCAUGUUUUUGCCAUUCUACCUCAACGCCACAGCCUGUCGUGAAGUUCCCACAUGCGUUGCUGAAGUCACCAACGCCUACCCGCAGAGGUACCACGCCUUUGUCUCAAUGGGACUUGUUGUGAUCCUUCUGCGCGAAGGCACCUUGCUCCUGGUUUCAGCCACAGACUGGCUCUUGGAUCCCAAGAAAUCACAGGGCCUUGAAUUCCAAGAUUACUUAUCGCAAGGCUUGCUGUGCGCCAUCUUGGCCUCGCUGAGCUCCGUGGAGGCCUACUUGGCCACGAGCGAGUUGCCCUUGGUGCACUUGGGGACGGUGCCGGUCUACUCCAUCCGCUACCUCGAAUGGCUGGUGGACGUCCCCUUGCUGAUGAUCUUGACGUGCUGUGGAGCUUUGGGCCGUCCGCUGAGCGAAGCCCUUGGACCCAUCCUGGUGACGAAUGGCUACAUCGUUGUCUCGUGGUGCACGCUCUUCAUUGAAGAUUUUGCGGUCCGCUGGGCCGUGAUCUCUCAUACCUUCUUGGCUUAUGCGUGGGCAUCGGAGAGGAUGAUCCAGUGGGUGAAGGAUUUCUGGAAGGAGGCCAAGGAUGUGCCUUGCCGAGGUGGCCGAGCGGCGUCCGUCAUCCUUCUCAUCGUGGUCUUUGGCAUCUAUGGUGUGAUUUACUUGCUUGGCUGCAGUGGAGUCAUCAGCUUUGCGACAGAACACUUGGGAUACACCUUCAUGGGCUUCGGGUGCAAGGUGACGUUGAGCAUCCUUUUCGCCUCGAUCCGGGCCUACCAGACGCAUCAGGUCCUUGCGCGGCUCCUGGGGAAACUCCGGGGUGUCAGCGUGGCCUUUGUGUCCUUGCUGAGGGGCACAUUCGACCAUGUGGUGCCGUGUACUGUGACCAGUGAGGGGCAAUGCUAUCUACCCGAGCGAUCCAGUCGCGAGUUCCAUGAGCUCGAGCGAUUUCUCAAUCAGACCGUGGAGGUCGCCAGCUUUAAUGACCUGCUGCGCCAUGACGAGCAGGGGCGUUUUAAGGACUAUGUGAAGAACCUGCUCCGCCAAAACGAUGUGUCGUUGAGCGAUUCAGUGGAGCUGACUGGCGUUGCCACUUUGCAGGCUUUGAGUGCCAACAGAAUUCCAAUUGCUGAUGCAAUCACCGUUUGGGGGAGCCAUCACAAUCAGGCUGCGAAGCCGCCCCCAAUUGAAUGGCUGAAGCAAGAGGCGGGUAUGGGAUGCUGUCCUCAAUGGGAAAUUAAGGACCCGCUGUUGCACGAUUUGAUGGAUCUCAUGACGGAGCAUUGGGGGCACACUUUGAACCAGACUAAGCCAGUGGCUGCUCCGCCUGUGGUUGAUGGUGAGCCAUCAGUGGCUUCUGAUGGUAGUGGUGAGCCACCAGUGGCUCCUGAUGGUGGUGGUGAGCCAGCAGUGGUUCAUGAUGAAGCUGCUGCCAGGGCAAGUUUGGAAGCAGAGCGACAAGCCAUCUUGAAACUUGAUAGCUUGGGCACUGGUGAGAAGCUUGCUGGUGAUGAGGCUGAGAUGCCUCCUGAGGAUGUCAUUCCCAACCCUGACUUGUUGGGCGCCGAUGGCUACGGUGAUGAGGAGGUUGAGCUGCCUCGUGAUAGUGCCAUUGAACCUGAACAACAAGUCCAAUGUCCUGGGGGUGGAAAGGGUUCCUCGCCUAAGAAGGGUGGACCUACCGAGAUUUUCAAUCCCAUGGACUUCAAGGACAUGCGAAAAGCUCCCAAAGGUGAUGUGGAGGAGGGAAGUAGGUCAAAGAAAAGGCAGCCUAAGGCAGCAAAGAACCAGAAGGACAAAGACUCUGAGCCCCGGAAGCGGGCCUCGAAGGCCACUGAUGUUCUGAAGGACCUUUUCUGGAAGUAUUGCAAAGUCACCAACAAGGACAAGAUCAAAGCAGCUUCUGAUGGUUCUUUGGGAGACGCAGUGCAUAGUUUGGCCGAUGGCUACUUCACCACCCUCCAGCCCAGCAGCUGA